AAGAUAUUGGUGGUUUCAGAAUUUCAGAUAUAUAUUUUGUAAUUUUGUAAAAGAUUCUAAAAUUGAAUAUUGAAAAUUUUAAAACGAAUUCAGUAUGAAAAAUCUUAAGCUGCACAAGUCUAAAGUGAUUCAUGUCGAACAGUUAAUAGACGCUUCAUCGGUUCAGAUAAUUUCCAAUGGUGAGUUAUGUUAUUCGACCAAAGACACCAUUUGGCGUUUAAACUUAAACGAGCAACCUCGUCUUGUGGUGGAUCUAUCUACAACAGAUGUACCCUUCUCCGCGGAUGUAGAUACCAUCAAGAUUACCUCAUAUUCGUACUAUGAACCGUGGGAUUCUUUUGUGGUUGGUUGUUCAAAUGGCGAUGUUCUAUUGAUACAAGACAAUAUUGUGGAAAUUGCGUACAAGUGUGAAGACAUUGUCUCCAACAUACUGUGCAGUCCUGACUUUGAACGCAUCGUUCUAUUGACAGGCAAAGAACAUAUUACAGUGGUGACAGAUUGUUUCGAAAUCUUAAACAAUUUUGACAUUAUCAAGGUAGAACUUACAGAAAAGUUAUUGGUAAAUGUUGGCUGGGGAAAAAAAGAAACACAAUUUCAUGGAUCAGAAGGAAAAGAUAAAAGAGUAGUGAAAGAAGUUAUUGGAGAUGGAGACCAUUCUGACGAUUCAAUCAAUAUCUGCUGGAGACCUGACAGUUUAUUAUUUGCAAUUGGAUUUCUUGAUAAAGUCGUUAAUUUAAGAUCUAUUAAAAUCUUUAACAGAGAUGGAAUUCUACAGUACAUAAGUGAACCUCUUCCAGGAGUGGAAGCUGUAUUAAGUUGGAAAACUACUAAAGAACUUUUAUCAUUUUCUCAACACACAAAUGAAAAAUAUUUUAUCAGUUUUAUGGAAAAAAAUGGACUUAAACAUGGGGAUUUUGAAAUUCCAUCCACAAUUAAUGUAAAACAGUUGUUGUGGAACCAUGAUUCUUCAAUAUUGUGUGUUCAGUGUGAUGAUUCAGAUAAAAAUUAUUUAUUAUUCUUAUCGUGUACUAAUUAUGCAUGGCAGAUUAAAAAAUGGAUGACAAUUGAAAACAAAAUAAUUACUGCAAAAUGGUUAUUAGAUAAUAGUUUACGAUUAAUUACUAACAACGGUAAUUACUACACAUUAUAUUGGUCUGAAACUUUAUGUACUUCAAGUCCAGGAACUCAAGACUGGGUUGCUGUCAUAGAUUACUGUUCAGUUUUACUUACACCAUUUAAACAAGUUAUAAUACCACCUCCAAUGUAUGACGUAAAGUUAAGUAUAGAAUCUCCUGUGGACAGUAUACUUUAUAUGCCUCACAAUGAAAGUAAAAAUGGAAAUGAUAUUUGUAUCAUUACUUCUGAUCAGACUAUUCACUUUUAUCAUUAUAAGGAAGAAUGUUAUGUAAAAAACACUACCAUUUACAAUAUAUCACAUAUGUCUGGAAUAUUUAAUCACUGGUUUUGGAUAAACGAAAAUACUAUUUUAUUUAGUUUAUCAGAGGUUGGAAGCAUCCAUUAUGUAUGUGUUGCUAAAAUUAAUGAUGGUUUCAAACACAUAACUAAACAUAAUGUUGAACUACCAGUUGUAACAAUUCUGAACCAUACUAAAGGUGCUCUGAUUCAGCUAUCAAAUGGACAAUUAUUGUUGUGGAGCGAAGAAAUGAAUAUAAUUGAUCCCUAUUUUGAUUUGCCUGAAGAAUGUACACAUUUGAGUGUAAUGGACAAUAAAAUCUAUGCUCUUGGUGUCUCAAAAAGACUUUUUGAAAAUGAUAAAGUGAUUUUAAAUAAUGUAGGGUCAUUCUGUAUUCGAUAUCCUUUUGUAUUAGCUGCCACAUUAAAUCAAAGGCUUAUUGUGCAUAAUAUACAUCCUACUAAAGAUAAUAAUGAUCAAUAUCACCGUCGUGUUGAAUCUGGCUCAAGAAUUAUAACAGUUACCGGUAAUUCGGUUAUAUUACAAUUACCAAGAGGAAAUUUAGAAACAAUUAAGCCAAGACCUUUAACAAUUUUAUCUGCUGUUGAACUUAUUCAAGAUCGAAAAUAUUUAAUAGCAUUUGAUCUUUUGCGCAAAGAACGUAUAAAUCUUAAUGUAUUGUGCGAUUUGGAUCCUUUAAAGUUUAUUGAUGAUCUAAAUGAAUUUAUCAUCCAAAUAAAAGACCCAUCUUGGAUAAGUUUAUUUGUUACUGAAUUAGAAGACAAAAAUUACUUGAAUACUGUUUAUGCUUCUCAAUUUCAAGAAAACAAUGUUGAAGAAUUAGAUAGUAAAGUAUUCACAUUAUGUUCACGCUUAAUGAACACCAUGGAAAAACUCGACAAAGAUAAAUAUGCUUUUCCUUUACUUGGGUGCUAUGUAAAAUUAAAACGUUUCGAUUUAGCAUUAAAUUUAGCAUCAAUGAAUAAUGACUAUUUAAAACACUUAUUGUUCUUAGUUGAUGUAGAUCAAUUGUAUAAAGCUUCACUUGCUGAAUAUAAUUUAGAAAUGGCUAUGAAAAUUAUAAAUAAUUCUCAACUUGAUCCAAAAGAGUAUGUACCAUUUUUAAAAGAAUUGGAAAAAAUGGAAUGUCAUUUCAUGCGUUUUACGAUUGAUGAUAAAUUAGGAAAUAAAGAAUUGGCCUUAAAGAAUUUAGUAAACUGUGGAGGGCAGUUUGAAAAAUGUUUGAAAUAUAUCACAGAUAACAACCUCUAUUCUUUUUCAUUGACAUUAUUUAAUAGAGAUCUAAAUGAAUAUAAAACAAUUGCAAAACAUUAUGCAGAUUUAUUAUAUUCUAAAAUGGAUUAUAAACAUGCAGCCUUAAUAUACAACCAAAGUAUUGAACGGAAUAAGGCUAUUGGCUCCUAUUUGAAAGCUGGAUUUUGGAAAGAAUCUUUAGAGUUAUCUUAUGAACUAAAUUUUGAUGACUCAGAAAUUAAAAAAAUUAAAGCGAACAUUUUAUCUACUUUAUCAUCUACUUUAAAGUUCAAAGAAGCUGCUGAUUUUGCUGAAUUUGAAUUAAAGGAUUCUAAAUUAGCUGUGGAUUAUUGCAUCAAAGCUCAAGAUUAUACUCAUGCAUUAUAUUUAGCUCGAUCUAGAUCAUUACUUGAUAGUGAUUUAGAAAAGUGUAUUAGAUUGUCUUGUUUAAAUACUGCUCAAAAUCUCAUCUCUGAUAUUAAUUCACAAAAUGAAAAUUUUGUUGCUCUAGCAAAACGUUUAGUUGAAGUUAGAAAAGAAAAUUCUAGUGAAACAACUCCUUAUGAUAACUUAAACGAUACAAGUUCGGAAAUUAGUAGUGUAUCAUCUUAUCGCACAUCAAGCACUCGAACUAGUUGUAGAAGUGCCCGUAAACAACAACGUAAAAUGUGGAAUUUGAAAAAAGGCAAUUUUCGAGAAGAACCCACUAUAGUUUUGACUUUAAAACAAAUUAUUGAAAAGCUUGAAAAUUUUAAAGAUAAUGUAAAAACUAUAAGUUUAUUACUUGUGAGAUUUGAAGAAUUUGAUGUUGGACGUACUUUACAAACUACAUUGGAAUCCUUUCAGACUUCUAUUUUUCAUCACAAAUCAACUGUUUGGCCGAUUUUUAAUGAAACUGAACAAAUUAUAGAAGAUGCAAUUCUUUUGAGCCCUUUAAAAAUAAAACCUGACAAAAGUUGGAAACUAAGUAUUUUAGAAUAAAAAUGUUCAUUUGUUGCUUAUGUAUGUAUUUAAUAUAUUUCAAUAAUAUAAAAUUAAAAUAUAAUAUUUUGUUUUUCUCAAAAACUAUAUACGUACAAAAAAAAAAUACAAACAUUAUCUUUUA